AUGAAGGUGUACCUCCACUUCGAGGGCAGCGGGCUGCCCGAGUACACGCUCAUCCUGACGCUGGCCAACGAUGCACCGGACACCUUUAGCGACCUUUUAGACGUGCGGAAGCGGCAGUACAAGCAAGACGCACGAGUGGUCAAGUCUGUUGACGACCGAGCCGACCUCUACGUCGUCGCUCUGGCCUCCUCGCCACCAGCCACUUCCGCGACCCCGUCGAACCCCGACUGCCGCCUCGCCUUCGUCCACUACUACUCCCGCUACUACGUCCACGUCCACGUCUACUUCUACUUCGUCCUCUUCGUCGUCUUCCUCUUCAUCAACGCCGUCCGCCGCGUCGUCCGAUCCGACCGCGCUCAUGUCCGCCUUGCGGCUCUCGGCGUUGAAUGCUACUCACGGGCGCUGACCGUCACUUCCACGCGCGUUGACUCCGUACACAGGUGCAGCGACGACGUGGUGGCGCCUGCCCUGCCGGACCCGCUCGACUCGAGCACGGCCGCCAAUCCCGCCGUGCGGCAGUACAUCGAACAUUCGUUAGCCAUCGCCGAGCAAUCGCGCCAGAAGGGCAACUAUAGACACGCGGUUUCCAUAUUCGAGCAAGUGCUGGCUCUUAUUCCAAACCAGAAGAUGUGCCUCUUGCAAUUGGGCAAGAUAUGGCUAAGCGUCAAGAAUUACGACAAGGCCCUGCCGUACUUGAUGCGUGGCGUCGAGGUCCAUUCACUGGACCCCGAGUUCCACUCUACGCUCGGCGACUGCCUCUACGCCUCUGAAGCUUACGCGGAAGCGCUCCAAUGUUACUUGAAUGCCUUGGCCACCGCGAAGAAGGCUGGUCAGUCGCCGUCGGCCCUCAACAAAUUCAAGGUCCUUGCUGGCCGGGCAAUGUACGGUGCCGGUCAAAAGGACAGCGCUGUGCAGAUCUACACAAGCAUACUCAAGGAGGACGAAAACGAAGACGACGCGCUGGUGGAGUACGGGAAGGCACUGGUGGAGGUCGACAAGAGAACCGACGCCCUGCACGUCUUCCUGCGCGUGUUGGUGCACAAGCCCGAUCACGUGGAGACGCGGCAGCAGAUCACCCACAUUCUUCGCGGGGAGGGAGGCGUCGAGAUGUUGGCUCAAGAGCUGGCCGCCGUUCCUGCGUCUGCGGCCGCUGCUUUCGGUUUCCUAGCGACAGUCAUCAAAGACUAUGGCGCCGUUCAUGAGUCAACCCAGCUGUACCUCAAAGCGCUGGCCCUGAAGCCCCAAUCUUCUUCAUAUGCCCUCAAUCUGAUCCACGGUUUGGAGGUGUUGAACCAAUACCAGCGAGCGUUCGACGAGGUGAAGGCGUUCUGCAAGGCUAACGCGCAGAUGACGCUCGUGUCGGACGACGUGUCGACACUUUCCUGUGCGGACAUCUUGCGCGCCAUCGCCGACGUCGAGGACCUGCUCGAGCAUUCGGGGCGGCAUCAGGAGAUGCAGAGACACGGAAGAGACAAGAUUAGCAAAAAUCAACGCAAGAAACAAAACAAGGCGAAGUCCAAUGCUGGCGCAGAGAAAAACCCCGAAGAGUCCGCUGACGGCGACAGUAACAAAGAGGAGGCGGAGAAAGAAACACCGGAGAAGAAGAGCGGCGGUGGACCUAAGCGACCAUACAGUGCGGAGGAGCUCGAUCUGCUGGCCUUCUUCUGCACGCUGGCCAAGAUCGUCUUCAUCGUGGGCGCGCUCGAUCUGGUCCAGGCCCUCGUCAAGCUCAUAGAGCCCGUGCGCGAGGGACGCGAACUGCACACCACCACGAUCCGCAACGAACUCGCCUACUACUGCUGCAUCGCCCAGCUAAUGGGUUACCACAAGCUUCCGCUUAAGGACAACCGCCCGCUCUACGUGGCCGGCGACAGCCACAGCAUGGCCACGGCCUGGCACACACUCAACAUCAAGGGCGAGGAGCGGCUGCUCAAGCCCAUGCUGGUCACGGGCCUCAAGAUGUGGCACCUGAGGCCCGAGAGCGUGUUCUUCCCCAAGAACAAUUUCUACAACGUCGUGUCCACCAUACCUCCGCAUUCAGACGUAGUUUUCCUGUUCGGCGAGAUCGACUGCCGUGAAGGGCUCAUCGUCUCCGUUGAGAAGUGCCGCUACCGCGACCUCAAGGAGGGCGCACAGGUCACGAUUCAAAUAUUUAUCAACGUGUUGAAGGAGCUGAGGCAAAAGUACAAGUGGAACAUCUACAUUCACCCCGUCGUGCCCGUCCUCAACGAAACCAGAAACAUCGUUAAGCAGUUCAACGAGGUGUACAAGGAGCACGUCAUGCGAACGCCCGGCCUUCAUUGGCUCGACUUCUUCGGCGACCUUCUCACACCCGACGGCACCGGUUUCAAUACGGCCUACGAGUUGGACGGCACGCACAUGAACCCGACCUACCUCCCGCUCCUGGAAAAGGCCAUGAACGCCACCCUGGGGCCGCAGGCUUCUGCGAUUCGAAGGCUCAUGUGCGUGGGUCACUCCUCGAGCGAGACGCAGACGGACUUGUGCUCCAGGUAG